AUGUUGCGAUUUGUGUCCGCCAUCGCCAUCUUGGCCGUAACGGUCGUCCAGUCCGCUCCGGUGGAACCGGCUCAAUAUGCGUUCCUCACGAAGCAUCAUCAUGUGCCGGAGCAUCAUCUCGUCGUCGAACAGGUACACCACGUGCCGGAGCUGAAACUGGCAGCGGAAUAUCCGGUCGAGCUGCUGGAGGAUCAUCACGAGUAUCAGCACCACCAGACACCGCAGCUGGUGCUGUCGAACGACAAGUAUCUCGGAGUGGUUCACGAGCACCACGAGGCUCCGGCCACCAGCUACAGUGAGGGUAACGACUACAGCGGGCUUUACGGUGGCAAGCAGGAGUCGCAUCUGUAUGACAACUAUCAGUAUGGCCACAACGAGGGAGGCUACGCGAAAAAGUACGACGAGUACAACGCCUACCCGAAGUACAGCUUCGAGUACGGAGUCGAUGAUCCGCACACUGGCGAUCACAAGAAGCAGUGGGAGUUCCGUGAUGGUGAUGUUGUGAAAGGUGGAUACAUGCUGAAGGAAGCGGACGGAACUACGCGCGUCGUCGAGUACACCUCGGACGAUCACAACGGAUUCAACGCGGUCGUGAAGAAGUUCGGUCACGCCACCCAUCCGGAACCGAAGCAGCACAACGCCUACGGCUACAUCGGCAACUAUGCCGGAGCGUACGCGACCGGCGAUCACUACGGCAAGGGAGCGACGAGCUACACCAAGGUCUGGAAGGAGCACUAA